AUGGUCCUCCCAGCUUAUCAUUAUGCACCACUUCCCACCGACAUUCCCACCAUCCGCAUUCUCGAAGUUCAGCCUUCCAGCGGUCAGCCUGGCGAAUUCGUUUGUCGACUCAGACAUGUGUCGCUGUUGGAAGGACCGGAAUACACGGCCUUGUCGUAUUCCUGGGGAGCCGUGAACGGAACGGUUCCCGUAGUGUUUCUCGACGGGCAAGGACAGCGCGCCGAACUACUUAUCACCGAAACUCUGCACAGCUUCUUUCGUCAAAUCAUCACCGAUUCUGCAGAAUCUAUCACCAGGCUAGCACUCUGGGUAGAUGCAGUGUGUAUAAAUCAGUCGGAUUUGGAAGAGAAGAACUCGCAAGUCGCAAUGAUGCAUAAGAUAUAUCACCAAGCGCAAAAGGUGGCCGUCUGGCUGGGAGAUGGUAGCAAAGAGACUGAGACAGCAAUGGACAUUAUUCCUCGACUGGCCGCUGUAGAAGAGCAGGCCAAUCUUCUCAAGCAGGAUGCUAACCUCACCGUGGGAGGACGACAGCCUCUGUCCGUUCGGCUCGGCUUACCCAGAGAUGGCGCAGAUGAAUACAUGGCCUUGGUUGCACUCUUGCGAAAUCCGUGGUUCGCUCGCGUCUGGAUCAUACAGGAAGUAGCAAUGGCGACGCAUGUCAUUGUCAAGUGCGGAUUCCGAUCGGCUAGCUGGGACGACUUUGUGAGCGCUUUUCACGUCCUGAAUUCCCUCAAUAUGAUCAUGCCGGAUCCAGCACAAUACGUACAAUUGGUGACCAGAACUCUGGGUAUCAUUGACGCCAGAGCUUCGAAGCUCUCAGGGCAUGAGCGAGACACGCUUGGGACGUUGCUGCGCUGUAGAUCCUCACUUGCUACCAAUCCGAGAGAUAAAGUGUAUGGACUACUCGGGCUUACUACUGAUGCACAGGCUCUCGAUUUCCGACCAGACUACAAGGCCGAAGUACAUCAGACGUACAUCAGAAUUGCAUUUGCCAUCAUCACAGCUGAGGGGAGUUUGGAUGUACUCGGCGUGCCACGGGGGACAAGUACAUCAGCAGUUUCCUCACUGCCAUCCUGGGUCCCAGAUUGGUCGACAUGGACCAGCACACCAGCACUCAACCGGCGCGACCGCCCAGCAAACUGUCCACGCACUUCAGAAUUCCUCACCCGAAAUGCAAGCAGAGACACAAAGCCUAUUGCCAGCUUACACGACGGCCACCUCCUCCACCUCCACGGCUAUACAUGGGACCACAUCUCCCAUGUCGGCGCCCUCUUGCACAGCGAAGACGAACUCGCAGAUUACACCCUCUGGAUCCCAUCCGCCCUCAAAUUCUACAGACAACACACCCAAUCCUUACUCAACUGGGAACACAUGACCCACGCACACUGUAAAACAGCAAUCUACCCUCCAACCGGCCAACCCAUCCUCGAAGCCUACUGGCAAACCAUCACCGCCGGCUGGUCCGUCGAAGAAGCCCCCUUAUCCACCACAGACUAUCUAAAAUGGGACACCUACCACCGCCCCUUCCCUUCUCUACGCCGCCACCUCGGCACCCUCGCUACAACAUCUGCCUACGCCACCUUCACAUUCGCGCUCAACUGCUUUAAACAGCUCUUCUCCGCGCAGCCAAACUCCGGGUUCGACCGCUCACUUACGCUGGCGUCGAAUCGCAGACUCGUGCGCUCGGCUAGGGGAUACUUGGGCUUGGUGCCGGCGCAGGCGCGUGUCGGGGAUGGGAUUGCGUUGGUUGCGGGGGCGGGCGCGCCGCUUGUUGUCAGGGCGGUCGGGGCGGGGCGGUGGGAGUUGCUGGGUGAGGGUUAUGUGCAUGGUGUGAUGGAUGGGGAGUGUUGGGAUGCGGGGCGUUGUGGUGUUGUGGAGCUGGGGUGA